AUGAAGAACAUAAAUUAAUUUCAAAGUCUUGAUUGUUAAUUAGGUGAUUAAUAUGACCCCACAGCUAAAAUAGUGGUAUAAUCUAGACAAGAGAAGGAUGACUAUUUAUUACCAAAGAUUUGUAAAUAAAUUGAAUUUUACUUGGGGGAUGCUAACUUAUUGCAUGACAAUUAUUUUAGACGUUUACUCUAAGAAAAUUAAGGUUGGGUUCCUUUGGAGGCAUUCUUAGAAUGUAAUAAGAUAAAAGUUAUACUUCAAAAUUAUCCGAAAGGAUCAAAAUAGCAAGUUUUGAUUUUAAUAUACGCGUUGAAAAGAAGUGAAAUAUUAUAGGUAGAUGAGGAUCGAAAUAUGGUGAAACGUAAAAUUGCAUUUGUUGAUAACAGUCAGUUUAUGGAUGAGAGGACAAUAUACGUAGAGAAUAUUCCUAGUUUAGUAGAUUAAUAAAUGUUGCAUUAGAUUUUCAGUAGAGUAUUAUUGUCUUUUUUUAUAAAUAGAUAGAUAAAUAGAUUCUAUAAGUAAAGAAAUUCGAUGCCUAUGGAUUCAUUACCUUUUUUAACAUCGAGAGUGUAAACAAGGCCAUACAGGUUUGCAACAACUUAAUUCCUAAGGAGAUUAUGGAGAGGAAAAGUAAGGAGAGUCUAAUUUAGUAAUGAUCAAAGGUGGAUUACGAGUGAUGAGUAAGAUCGAUUGGCUAAAUUACAAAAAUUAGUGCAAGUAACUCAAAUAGAAAAAGAAUAAUGAACUAGUUGAAGAGCCUGUGAAAUUGAAAAUUAAGCAGAUUUAAACUCAAGAUUUAAGGAUUGAAGAAUUACGUAUAGCUGUAGGUCAUGCUGUUAAUCCUCGUUUAGUAAAACAUAUAAAUAUUGAAUCUGACACAUGCAUAAUAGAAUGUGUAAAUCAAUUAGCUGCAGAUUCAAUUAAAUUCAACAUAUGUCGUAUCCAAAAUUACGAUGAUCGAUUUUAUAAUUCCGUAUUGGAUAUUUCAUGA